AUGAUCGUGCACGGGUUCUACGUGGCCAACUUCUGCUGGACCUUCUGUAUUGCGUUCAACUUUUACCAGAUGAUCGUCCGCCGUAACCGUGAGAGCGAGAGCCUCGAGAAGUGGUAUCACCUCUUCUCCUGGGGUAUUCCCGGUCUCUGCGUGCUGUGCACCACCUGCGUGCUCGACUACGGAGACACUGGCGGAGCUUGCUAUGUCACGUCGGCGCUCUACAUCUUCCUGUUCUUCUUCAUCCCCGGUCUCACGAUCAUCUCGCUGAACGCCAUCCUGUUCUUCUUCGUCAUCCGCGAGAUUCACGAGACCCUGGCCUCCGCGCCCAAGACCGACAAGAAGGACAAGAAGAAGGAGAUCCGCGUCUACAUCUCCAUCUUCAUAUCCAUUGAAGUGGGAGAACUUGGAGUCGCGUGGCACGACCUCCGCCGGCAGGACGGCCUCCUCUCGGUCUUCGCGCUCGGGACGCUCCUACCGGUACCGUCGUCUCGUUCCAGCGCCUCGGCGUCGGCUGACACUGCCGACAGCAGCGCUGAUACGUCCUCCCGAGCUUCGUCGAGGGCUUCUUCUUAUGUCAGGGCCAUGGACGACGAUGAUGAUUUCCAGCAGGAGGAAAGCGUUGGGGGCGGCAUCAACUUUGGCGAUGACGACCUGUAA